GCUCAACUCGAAGCAAUUAGAAUUUAAUUUACAGUCUCUUUCCCUGUGAUAGCAAAUCUUGUAUCUAGUAAGAUAUAAUCUGGAUGGAAAAAAGCGCAUUAUCGAUAAAUGGCGAGAAAGUUAUUUCAGUUUCAAGUCAUCAGUUCAGUGAAGCGCUUUUAAAAGCGUUCAAACCGUUUCAGUUGUUAUUAAGAAAAUCGUGUCUGGUUUAUGUGGGACUAACACAGUGGCACACACUCGGACAUGCACAGGAAUAGGGCAGUAGAUGCAGUUUAUUUCAAUGGAACUGAUCGGAAUUUAUCUUGGAUUGUGUGCGGUACAGCCAGAAGAAAAAACAAUCUUGUGAAUGGAUUUCUUUAUCUGAAAAUAGCAGAUUUCAGUGACAAAUUGUUGGUAUCACCUAGACUACCGGAUACUUGCAUGCAGCAAACAGAAGCCGAGCUUGGAAAAUAUCAGGCGGAAGGCCUCGAUUUACAUCCGAUAGUUCCAAUGCAAUCAUGGAAAAUCGCGUAUAAUGGUAAAAUGCGAUUUGAAAAUGAUCAUUCGCAACAUUUUGAUAUUCAGUUAGAAAUGGAAUGGACGACCAGUUUUUCGUGCUUCAAUUUUGCCUCCGAUAUGGAUGCAAAUUCAAUUGCAAGGGCCACGGCAAAAGAAUUGUGGAGUAGACAGCAUUUCAAAAAUUUGAAAAAAUAUCAUCAAACACAUUAUGAACAUUAUGGAAUUCUUAAAGGAAACGUUCAUAUAGAUGGUGCUAAAUAUGAACUCAAUUUGGAUUGUAUCAGAGAUCACAGUUAUGGUGAACAAAGAAACUGGAAACUUUUUCAUCGGUACGUUAUGCAUUUUAUACACCUCGAAAACGGAGACCGCAUCACAGUCGGUAUAAUUUGCAUGCCAUGUACUUUUUCUAGUCUAGAAGUGGGUUUUCUGAGUUUGUCGAAGAAUAAAGUGAAUCUCUCUAUUUCUAACGUUAACAUGAAUCUUUAUCGGUACGGUGAACAGGGAACUCCUCCCGUUGAUUAUGCUUUUCAAUUUUAUGCAGGCAAUAAAAAGUAUAUAACAAAAGUGAAGGCUGCUAUCGGUCCAGAAUUCUAUAUUGGUACAGAAAGUGAAUGUCGAAUUGUUGAGCAAUUAUGUGAUUUUGAAGUUAAUGGCGUAAAAGGAUGGGGAGCGACGGAAUGGCAGUAUAGAAAUUAUAACGGCUAACUAUUUAUUUGUGUUCAACUUGAUCAAAGAUGACUAGAACAAGAUACCUGACUUCCAGUUUUUUCAUACAUUUUGCCCACGACACCUUUAUAACGGUUAGUGCUGCCAUCUGAUGACUUGAAUGCGCAUAAAACUGGUUAUUAGCAAAAUCGAUUUAUCGUGCAUGAUUCGCCAGAUGAAAAUUAAAACUAGUUUGCAGCACCAUAUAAGGAUAUUGAAAAUAAUUGCUUCACCUUUCGCCACCUAGCCGUCAUCAUCAAAUUGUCAGUAUGCAAAUUAGUUAGACUUUCAUUCACGCGCAGCGACUAUCGUGUCCGAUGCAUGUUCCAAGAGUUAGGUAUCUUGUUCUAGUCAUCUUUGACUUGAUGCAUUGCUAGAUGAUUGAUGUUUCAUUUAAUCUGUU